AUGGAGCUGCUUGCUCUGGUGAAGGCAAAGGACAAGGAGAUUGACGAGAAUGAUUCUCAAAUAAAGGCAGUUGAGGAGAGAAUUAACAAUGUGGUCUCUGGCUACAAGGAGUUGCAAACAAGCAUGGAUAAAAUUUUUAGCAAUUUGCAAGCGGGUUUGUCCCAAAUUGAUACGGAGACUGAAGCUUUGUCAAGGAAAAAGAAAGAUGUAGAUGAGUCUGUGGCAUCACAGAAGGAGAGAGGGGCCAAACUCUGUGAACUUGUCAGUGUUUCAGCAGACGAAGCAAAUGAAUAUGAGGAAGUUAUUAAAUUUCGAAAAACACUCAUGUCAUAUGUGUCAAAGACUAGAGAAGAGAGAGCCAAGCUUGUAAGUAUUGAAGAGAAGCUUUCUGAGGAAGUCAAGAGGCUACAGGAGAAGGUUUCCAGUACCCGAGAGUCACUAAAGAGAAAAGGAUGCCGGAGCUUGAAGCAGAGAAGAAAGUGGCUGACUCAACAAGAAAUUUCAAAGAAGCUGGAAGAAUUAGCAGAACUUAAGUUCUUAAAUCUAGAAAAGGAUAAGAUACAGAUCGAAACAGGACAAGCUAACGCUGAGCUCGAGAAAGCAGAGCAGGAGAUUGAAGAAACAAUCGAGAGGCUACAAGAGUUAGAGAGGUUGAUUUUGUCGAAAGAAAAAGAAUUGUCUGUCAGUAGAUUCCAGAGGUUGCGGAUUGACAGUGGCACUGCAAAAGCAAAGAGAUCAGCUGCUCUCGAGCUGAAAGAUCUGGAAGAAGCUAAUCUUCUACUUGAGGAAGCACAGGAAGCAGAGUCCGAAGCAGAGAAGCUUAAACUCACAUGCGGUCUCAAAGAAGAAGACGAAGAAAAAGAAGAGGCUAAAGAAUGUUUGUCUCGAUGGAACUUAUAG